AUCCAAUGGAAGAUGCAAUACGGUCUGCAGAGAGCCUUCAAUAUCAGAUCAGACAACUGAACUUGUAUUACUUGGGUGUUUCAGAGAGGAAGCACUACUCAGAUGAAAACACAGGACAUAGGAAUCACUAUCUGGAUCUGGCUGGAAUUGAGAACUAUACUUCUCAAUUUGAAGGAAUUUUGAAAAUAAGGCUUAAAAAUAUAUUUAUUGCACAAUUACAUUAGAUGAAGUCAGAUUUAAUUCAACACAAUUCUCAAUGGUUAAUCCAGAAAAUACCAAAUUCUUCCUACAGCCACAGAAUGUUACCAUUGAUGGUCACACGUGAGAGACUUUUUUUCUUUCAAGCCAUCCCAAAUCUAAUCGCUGUUUAACCUCUGUCUGUUAUUCAUGAGAGUAUGAGACAGCUGCUUCUAUAAAUAACUAACACCCUUUUGAUUAUCCCCCCACAUGCUCUCGCUCAGCACUCUUCUGUUCUUGGAUUGACACACAUGUAUAUGUUGGUUGAAAGAGGGCAGAAGAAACACUCCACAUCUCCUAUAGGCUGACAGUUUCAAGAAGACUCCCUGAUCUUUAGAGCUGACAAACACAGCCAUGAAGAGCUUGAAGUUCGUAGCAGCUGAGGGCUUUGUUCAAACCGGCCCAAAUGCAUGUAAGGACCUCCAGUACUUGUCAUUCAAUCUCUACCCAAUCCUCUUCAAAGCCAGCUAUCUGCGUGAAGAGGCCUCAGUGCUCCACGACUUGGUCCAGAGAUGGCCUCUGAUAGAGCUCAACUUGCGCAAACUACUGGGCAGGACAGUGGACUGUCCAGAUGAUCUCACGUCCCGCACCUGCAGGCUCUGUCUGGAGGCCAUUCUCACAGGUCUGAGGGACUAUGUGAUUCAAGCUCCAAACCUGUAUAAAAAAAUGCUACGUGUGGUGGAUCUAAAUGGUCUGCAAGACAUAGAACACCAGGUCUGUCCCUGCAGAUGGACUCUUGGACGUUGGGCACGAACUGAACUACUUACCCGCAUGUGCUUCGAGACUAUGGUGUCCAUGCAGGCCGGCCAAGCAGCACCUUCAGCAUUUGAUGUGGAGAUAGAUGUCCGCUUGGAUGCUUUUGUUACUGGACGGAACUACGAGAUUGUGGCUCAGGCUGUGUUGCUGCAGAGACAUUGCCCGUUAAAACUGAACUUCAUAAGCCUGCGUGUGGACUCACUGAGCUUCAGGAACCUCUUUUACCUCCUGAAGCUGGUGGAGUCACAUGGCCUGCAGAAGCUGGAAGUGGUGCACAAUGUCCAUCUGGACGCUCCACACAUUGAGAUACUACUCUCCCAGCUGAAGUUCCCUCAGCUGCGCUCAAUCACGCUUCCUGCUCAGACUUUGAAUGUACACAGAUUGGCUCUGGAAGACGAAGGCCUCAUUGGAGUUUUGGGUGAGCUGAUGAGCAAACUGACUGAACUGAGAGAGCUCUGUCUGGGGUUCUCCACUCUUACAGGGCAUCUGAGGAAGCUGCUGAGUCCACUGAACACUCCGCUGCAGUGUAUCGAGUUAGCGAACUGCAGUCUUAACGCAGUGGACAUGGCCUACUUCGCCAACAGCCUGCACAGUGAGCACAUAGUAAAGCUGGACCUGAGUGGUCAUGAGCUAGGUGACCUCUUCCCCAACACCUUCCGGAAGCUUCUGCAUCGCUGUUGUGCCACACUCACUAGUGUAGGUCUGGAGGAGUGUGGACUGGAUGAUGACAAACUGGAUCUGCUCACCCAGGCACUGACACCCUGUCACAGGCUAGAGGAAUUGAAGAUCCUGGGUAAUCCGCUGAGCACAGCUGCUCUGCACAAUCUUUUUAAUAUGCUGGCUCUGGGUUUUCCUGCAUUGAGAUAUGUUGAACUGCCCGUCCCUCGUGACUGUUAUCCUGAAGGGGUAACCUACCCACUGGAUGAAAGCGAGCUAAUAAAUUACGACAGGGAGAAGUUCCAGCAAGCCAGAAGCGAACUUAUUUGCAUCCUAGAGAAGGAAGGGAAAGGACAUGUAGAAGUUUGCACACCAUUAUUCGGAGCCUAUGAUCCUGACAUCAAUGAGACGAACAAUGAGCUGGGAGUCUCCAUGCUGCACUCCUUCAGCGGUGUCUUAGACAACUUCAUUGACACGGUCAACAGUGUUGCCCAACGGAGAGAGCAACACAUGGAGUGAGACAAUUCAAAUGAAUGA